AUGUUAAUGUUCUGUCCAACUUGUGGUAAUGUGCUUCGAGUAGAGGAAGCUUUAGCAGGGUUACGUUUCGCAUGUAAUACGUGUCCAUACAUAUUCAAUAUCAAGAGAAGAGUAAGCAAUCGUACAUAUCCAAAAUUGAAAGAAGUUGAUGAUGUAGUAGGUGGAAGUGCAGCUUGGGAAAACGUUGAUUCGACGGAAUAGCGCUGUCCAAAAUGUUCUCACCCUCGUGCAUAUUUUAUGCAGAUUCAAACCAGAUCUGCUGACGAACCUAUGACGACAUUUUAUAAAUGUUGCAAUCCGCAAUGCAGUCACAACUGGCGCGAUUAAAGUUUCAUUUCUUACUUGGUGGAAAGAGAACCAUAAGUGAAAAGUAUUUGGGUGCAAUGGCUACUUUUUUGGAAAAUGC